CAUCCUCAGUUUCUAACCCAAGGUCCUUAAGGCAAGGUGGUUGGAAUCGCCAUUCAUGACUGUGAAGCAAUGCAGGUUCCAGAGCUGUAUAUGAAGGCUAGGAAGGGAAGAAAGGGACUGGAGGGGUCGGGGCAUGGCAGUGUGGAGUGUCACUAUCACACAAUCAUGAAAAACCUGCUUGCAGUGAGGCUGGAGCACAGCAUGUUGGGGAAGAUGGGUGACAACACCAGAUGCAGGUCCUAGAGUCAACAAUUUUGUAUUCUCUACCAGGCAGAGGUCACUGAGAUUUUCCAGAGAAUAAGAAGCACAGUUCCCAUAUUUAUAGCUGCAUAAUUCAGCAUAGCUAAUCUUGGAAGCAGUCUCUGUCCAUCAACAGAUGAGAAAAAGUGUUAUUUAUACACUAUGGAGUACUAUUGUGCCAUAAAAGUUAAACACGUCUGUAGGAAAAUCUGUGCACCCUGAGACCAUAAUGUCCAGUAAACUAAACAGACAAUCUUAUAUACUGCAUGGUUUCUGUUAUAUGAGAAAGCCAAAGUAUGAAUAAAGAGCAAAAUUAAAGUUACAUAACAAAAAACAGAUCUUUCACAAAAGAAAAUGGGACCAAGAGCUGGAUGGAGCAAGGAGGAAUAAGGAAGAGGAUGCAAAAAGAAAUAAGAUGCUUCGUGCAUGUGCCCGUUCCCCAUGAUGUCCUGAAAACAUGUACUAAUAAAAUUUUAAAAAAGAAAUUAAUUGGUUUAAAUUGGGAGUCCAGAAGACAGAUUACAUGGAAGGAGACAGAAGGCUAUUGAAAUAGGCAAGGAAAACAGAUAAGGGACCAGAGGGGAUGCUGGUAGGCGUGACAGGAAAGAGGGCGAAGGAUGGCCAAGGUCCAGUCAGACCUGCUCCAAUCUGAUCCAAAAAGGCAUUGUGUGAUCAGAUGAACUGACGCUUCCCAGGGUCUGAUUUGUUAUUGUACCUCGAAAACAAGUAGAGACAGAUACAAUUCUAUAAACAGCAUUGAGUGUUCACGUUAGGGUAUGACCAUGUCAAAAGCUUUUUCCAGUUUUUCUUCCAGAUUUUGUUCAUUUGUAUUCUUUUGUGCACUACCAGUUCAUCUCCUUUGCCCAGUUUUCUAUGAGAGUGUUCAAGUUCUCAAAAUUCAUUUAUGAGUUCUUUUAAGGAUAACUCUUUGUCAUUUACAUUGCAAAUGUUUUCUCAUUUUAGCUUCUAUAUUUUCAUUUUUGAUGUUGAUACACUGAAGGAGUUUUUUGUAUUUAUAUGCAAAGUUAUCAAUUGCAGCUCUUUUUGUUAGUAUAAUGCAUAUAAAGAUAUUUCCCCAAGACAAAACAUAUAGCAAAUUUGCAGUUUUACUAUCUUUUAACACACACUUUAAAUACAAAUAUAAUUUUUUUUGAGACAGGCUUGCCCAGGCUGGACUUGAAUUUGUCAUCCUUCUGCCUCAACUUCCUAAUAAGAAGCUGGCAUUACUGGCUUACACUACCAUGCUUGACCUGUUAAUCUACUUUUUAAGAGCACUGUUUAAAUUAACUAUGAAACUUUAAUUCCAUUAUUUAGACUACUUAGAAGUUGCUCAUUUUAUUUGUUUGUUUGUUUGUUUAUUUUGCUUUUGCUUUUGCUUUUUGAGACAGGGUCUCACUAUACAGUUAAGGUUGGUCUUGAACUCACUGUGUAGCCCAGGAUGGCCUCAAACUCACUGUGAUCCUCCUGCCUCAGCCUUCCAAAUGCUAGCAAAAGAAGCCUUGGAACCCUUUGCCAUCAUCUCAAAUCCCUGUCCUGCCCUAGGCAACCACAAAUCUCCUUUAUGUCUCUAAAGUUCUGAAACUGCAUAUAAAGGGAUCAUAUAAUGCGUAACUUUUUGUGAUUGUCAUCUUUCAAUUACCAUAAUGUUUUUGGGGUUCAAAAUAGUCUGUAUCAGGGAUUUACUUGUUUAACAGAUUAUAGAUAUAUUUCUUUUGAAUGCUCAGUAAUAUUCCAUAGUAUGGUUUUUAUUGUUAUUGUUUUACACCUUUUUGUUCAUCCCUCAGUUGAUGGAUAUCUUGGUUGUUUCCACUUUAUGGCUACUAUGAAUGAUGCUGCUAGUACAUUCAGGCGUAAGUUCUUUUGUGGACAUGGGUUUUAAUUUAUUUUGGAUAUAUACCUAAAUGAAGAAUAUGGGGGUUACAUCUUGGUUUAGUUUUUAGUCCAUUUUCAUACUGUAUAUUCAUAUAAGUGAUAGACAUUUCAAAAGAAGUGGACUUUUCCUUCUUUCCUAUAAGAGCCCUGUGAAAGUGGAAAAUGGGUUCAUCAUUUGAAUAAGUGUGUAUGAUUUUGUUAGUUAUCACUAAAGUAGGUCUCACAGUUGUUGAGGAUUUUCACUUCCCUUUCAUCCUGGCAGGAGAAAUUUUUUCUGUAAGUUCUUUUAUACCUAACAAGAAGAGAAGCCAAGUCUUAGAUUCUUUCCUUAAGAACCUUACAUAAUAACAUAUGCUGAAAAAUUCAGAAUGAUGCUGAAUGGGAGAAGCUGGACAAUUAUCCCUCAAGUCCUUAAUGACCUAAUAAGUUACAUCUUCUGAUUACAAAAGCAAAACAUGGCCAUGGCCAUUUUGGAAAAUUCCCUUUGUCCUUGGAAUUGAAGCCAUCUCAUCAUCCUGACCACAGCCGGCCCUUUCCCUGCUUGUUUUAGCUGUCGAUGGUGUUUUAUAUUGUCUUUCUUCCCUCUUUCUUCCCACGAUCCCUCAUGGCCUGCUCUUUCAGGUUUCAGAGUCCUCACCUCAAGGAUCCCCUCUACUUGGAAAGCUCUUUCCCCUGCAUUCUGUGGAGGUAGAUCUUUUGUCCAUCUUUGGUCCUAACUCAGUCAACCUGCCAGACAUCUUUUGAGCAGCCACUCUAAAGUAGAAUCCUCAAUUGCUAUACCAGUACCUUCUACAUAUUUCCUGUAAAUUCUGGAGUCAUCUUGUUUGCUGUCUGCCUUCCUCACCUAGGCAGUAAAUUCCAUGAAGGGAGGGACGUUUGCUGUCUUGUUUACUGCCUCAUCUUUAGAAUUUGCCAUACAGUAGAUUCUCAAAAUACUUAUGGAAUGAAUAGCUAGGAAGUAACAGAGGAGCGUUCAAAGCCAUGUGUAUCUGACACCAAACAAAAGACUACACACUUUGAAACAUACCAAGAAUGGUCUUUGUUCGCUGAUUUAUUGUCCUGCUAAGCAUUGGAAAGAACAUGUUGUGGCAAAAAAAAAAAAAAAAAAAGCAAUUUCAAUUCUGUUUUACUAACAACUGAGGAAACCAGAUAUAACUGAGGAUCAAAAUAUGCUUCUACAUAUAGGUAGCUACAAGUGUUUCCCAGUUUUCAAAAAUGGAAAAAUCCUAACAUGAAUCAGACCUGUUAAAGAAGAACAGAAAUAGAUGUGGCUUUUAAUAGCAGUUAAGGACCCAGGACAGCUGUGUGGACCAGGGAAUAACCAAGGCUUUCCAACGUUAAGAGACUGAAUCAGGUGACUCAGAUGAAGAUAAUCAAUUGUCUGAAACAAUCAAUGGCCAGGCAUUGCUCUGACCUUCCCAGGGAGCUCUUUGAUUUUCUAAGAAGUUGCUCAUUUGGUCUAAUUUCUUUUCCAUAUAGGAAUGUUGAAGUCCAUUACUACUACAUGGGAAAUGAAGCUAGAUGAGAAAGUGAACCUUCACUAAAUAAAUUAGAGUGUACAAUUAGAGCAGAGAUUCCAACCAUUUCAGAAAAGCAGCUCCAUGUUGGUUUUGUUAUAUCCUUAGUUCUCUUAAAAGCAUUGUAUGAUGCUUCAUAAAUUACAUGUGUAAAUGAAAUGUGUUUGAGUUUGAUUUUGUUGUUGUUGUUUUUUCUGAAGCAGAGUCUCAAUACGUUGUUCAGGCUGGUGUGAACUCACUAUGUAGUCCAGGCUGCCCUCAAACUGCCUCAGCUUUCUUAAUGCUGGGUCCCUUCUGGGCUCACAGGAAUGUACCACCAUGCUCAGCUGCAUGCACGCGCGUGUGUGUAUGUGUGCACGUACACAUGUGUUUUUGAAGAUCAGAAUUUCAUAAUAUUUCUGGAUGGAAGUACAAAUAAUCUGAAAAUAAUUAAAGUGACCAUCAGUGAAUUAAAUACUAAAAUGUGUGCAGGUGUAAGCACCUAGAACACUUGUGGUCUCUACCUGAAGUGUAACUUGUACUUUGGACUUACUUUUCGGCAUAUGUAGCCAUAUCUAAAAAAACCUCCCAUGUCUGGAAUAAAAAGUGUAAGGGUGAUACAAACUUCAUAUCAGGUAAGAAUAUUUAAGUUCUGUCUUUUUCACAGAAUCAAACAUUUACAAUUGUUUCUUAUCAAUAUUAAAUACUUAUCUUUCUUAAAAGGGUACACAUUUCUUGUUUGAAUUUAUAGUAAUGGCUACUGUGUUCUUUUGCAAUAUCCACCCUCAUGAUAUAUUUUUCCAUUACUUUUAUUUGGCUCAAACUCACUCUGCAGAGCCUAUUUCUUUUCCUAUCUUUAAUAAACAUAAAACCUUGCUGCCACUAAAAAACAAGUUUAUAAUAGUGCAUCAUUUAUUGCGAACACAUCAUGUAACAAUAAUUACCAAACUCCUCACAGAGGGUAUCAGUCCCCCACCUGGUAAUAUGGCACAUGGAUGAAAAGAAAAGGAAAAUUCUGUAGUUGAGGCUCUGGGGUAACCAAGUGCUCUCUGUGUAACAAAGGGCAAUGAGUCUGAGAGCUCAUGACUUUUAUUGGUAUCAGUUAGGGAGGUGGAUGGGGGUCGUGGCAGAGUGUUAGGGAAGAGAAACUUUGCAGGCAUGGCUAUGAGGAGAAAUAGUACUUUUGCACCAGGCUCACAGGCCCUCUGAUUAGCAAUGCAACAGCUAGCUUGAUGCAUGCAAGACUGGUACCUUUACUGCCAGGAAGGUAUAAUUCUUUUUGGGCCCCAUGGCCUCAGCUGAGAUGUUAUCUCAUGCCUUAUCCCUGGAAUCUCUUGCUCAAGACCCCAUUUCAGCCGCCAGUAGCAGAGAGUUCUGACUUGCUUUGCAAUGCUGAGACUCUUCAGCACCUAAUCACAUUCUUUUGGCCAAUGAAGGGAACAUCUGGUUCAGUAUAGUCAGCUCUUCAUAUCUCAGUAAAUAGGGAUGAAGUAAAGGUAAAGAUGGAGGCAAGGGGCUUCAUUUCUCGGGAAUGCAACUUGGUCUCCCAGAAAUAAUAUUUAUUAUAAGUUAUUUUUUUUUGGUACCAGGGAUCAAACUCACGACCUUGCGCUUGCCAGGCAGGUGCUUAUGCCACUGAGCUAAGUCCCCAAACCAUAUUUAUAACAUUCUAAUAAAUUUAUAACUGUGCUAAGAUCUUGUAUAUUAAAUACAUGUGGUAGACUGCAUCUAUGACAGGGAUCCAAUGGAAUUAUACUGCUCAGUGCUGUAACAGUUUGUAUAGAUACACUCAAUGAUGUCCACUCGUGAAGGUCGCUAAUGACAUACUUCUUAAAACAUGGGCCCUGGGGUUAAGUGACAUGGGACUAAUUGUAACUUUGCUGAAGAACUUUAUAACAGAUUUGUUUUAAAAGAAAAAUCCUUUUAUAAAUGUGAUUCAGCUACUCUCAAUCUUGAAAGAUCUUAGCAUCUAGAGGACAAGGGAUGUUGUACUGGAGCUUUCUAAGAUGAAAAUAAUAUCUUCAUUUGUACUAAGAGCCAUAUUUGUCCAGGCUGUGUUAUAAUUUACUGUAUAGUAGCUGAUUUGCCAUAUCCUUGCUAACUUUUGUCUUCUAUUGGUAAUUGGAUCUGUGACAUUGUGGAACAUAUUAUUAAAUUCUAUUGGGAUAGCUGAGCUUUAUAUAUGGCUUAUAUUUUUGUGAUGUUUGAUUUUAUGUACUACUAUCGUAUUUAGUUAUAACAAUGUAAUAUGGCCAACUAAUUUUCUUUCUUGGAGCUCUCUGAAUUAAAAUAUGUCUGCACUUUUGCAUUACAUUUUGAUUAUGUCCCAAUAGCCCUUGGAAGAGAUUUUUUUCUUUUUAGAUAAUUUCUUUUGAAAGAUUGUAUUCUAAUAUUCUAUCAAUACUUGCUUUUUUCUUUUAAUAAUUAAAUACAUAAAAAUUAAUAAUUAAAUACAUAAAAAUGUAUUUAAUUUCAGCGGUAAGAUUGACAGCAUCCGUUUUUAUCCUUAAUUAACUUUUCAUUUUGGCUUUCAUCUUUAAAGGGUUAGAGCAGAAUGUACAUCAUAAUGUAGAUGAUGAAUGGAAAAUUCAGAGAAGCUGCCUAGCUCUGAAUUUAGCUCAGUUGACCCCAUUAUAAAAAAGAAAAGCCAACAACAACAUUGAUAUAAAAGAUGACUUACUAGACCACACCACAUGCCAAUACUAACUUUUAUUUUGGAUUCCUGCUCAGUGCAAGAUUUUCUGUGGGCUCCUAAUUCCCUUUCCAUGUGCUGUAUACCAGUUGCCCUUCAUUUAGGAGUUUUGUCGAUGCAACAUCAAGUCAGGGAAUGACUGCCGUAUGUUUUACUGGAUUCCUGGACAUCGUGGUAAACACUUCACUAAGUUCAUUUUUCUGCCAGGUGGUUUUUAGGCAUUACUUUAAAGACUAGGCAUGGGGUUUCAUGAGAGAUAUUUAGUGCAGUGCGUGAAGUGAGGUCACCUAGGUUUAAGUCUCUCCAUUUUUUAAUUUGCUAGCUGUUAGUUAACAUUCAUUUAUUCACCCAAAAAACAUUUUGGGCAUCUAAUGUGUGUUCAGUAUAUUGGGUCUCACUCAGGAAUACAGUGAACACAGCUGCUACCAGGUCCCUUAUCUGGGGGCAGUCAGGAGCCAGGCACACCACAGAGAACUGAAUGAUAGAUUGUGGCAGUGCAGUGAAGAGAGGUAACAGGUAGUGAUGGGGACUAACAGGCCAAGGUAUGGAGGACCCAAUUGAGACAGCUUGGUGUGCUUUUGGAGAGGAGACAGGCCUGGAUGAAGUAGAAAUAGGAAUUGGCAAGGCAGGGGAAGAAGUCUCUUUGCUGUAAAGGCAGAUGGGGCGAGGGGGUUGAUAUGGAGUUUGUGAGAGGGGGGCUCCUCUAGAAACCAUGACCCGGAUUCGGGGUUCUGUGUCUAUUUCAGGCUGCCACUUGCAGAAUGUGCUGGAAAUUGCAAGGGAAGAGACCCAGCUGAGAGACUGGAUCAGGAAUCUAAACUAAGGGUUAUCGGAACCGUCCUUUGUUGCAAAACACGAAGACAGCUUGUUUAAGGAUUUGUUUCAAGACUAUGAAAGAUGGGUUCGUCCUGUGGAGCAUCUGAAUGACAAAAUAAAAAUCAAGUUUGGUCUUGCGAUAUCUCAGUUAGUGGAUGUGGAUGAGAAAAAUCAGUUAAUGACAACAAAUGUCUGGCUAAAGCAGGAAUGGGUAGACGUAAAGUUGAGAUGGAAUCCUGAUGACUAUGGCGGGAUUAAAGUUAUACGCGUCCCUUCAGAUACUCUGUGGACCCCAGACAUCGUUCUGUUUGACAAUGCAGAUGGACGUUUUGAAGGCGCCAGCACGAAGACAGUGGUCAGGGCCAACGGCACUGUCAUGUGGACCCAACCUGCAAACUACAAGAGCUCCUGCACCAUAGACGUCACCUUCUUUCCUUUCGAUCUCCAGAACUGCUCCAUGAAGUUUGGUUCUUGGACCUAUGACGGAUCACAGGUUGAUAUCAUCCUUGAGGACCAAGAUGUGGACAGGACAGACUUUUUUGACAACGGAGAAUGGGAAAUUGUGAGUGCCAUGGGGAGCAAAGGAAACCGAACUGACAGUUGCUGCUGGUACCCUUACAUCACCUUCUCCUUCGUCAUCAAGCGGUUGCCUCUCUUCUACACCCUGUUCCUGAUCAUUCCCUGCAUCGGGCUGUCCUUCCUCACCGUGGUUGUCUUCUACCUCCCUUCAAAUGAGGGUGAGAAGAUUAGCCUCUGUACUUCUGUGCUGGUCUCGCUGACCGUCUUCCUCCUGGUUAUUGAAGAGAUCAUCCCCUCCUCUUCCAAAGUGAUUCCUCUGAUUGGAGAGUACCUAGUGUUCACCAUGAUCUUUGUGACACUGUCCAUCAUGGUGACCGUCUUCGCCAUCAACAUUCACCAUCGUUCUUCUUCCACGCACAAUGCCAUGGCACCCUGGGUCCGCAAGGUGUUUCUGCACCGGCUUCCCAAGCUGCUGUGCAUGCGAAGCCACGUGGACAGGUACUGCCCCCCGAGAGAACAGACUGUGGGGGACAGCAGGCCCAGGCCGGCCAGAAGCGAGCUGGAGGCCGCGCUCGACUCCAUCCGCUACAUCACCAGGCAUGUGAGGAAGGAGCACGCCGUGCGAGAGGUGGUUGAAGAUUGGAAAUUCAUAGCCCAGGUUCUUGAUCGGAUGUUUCUGUGGAUGUUUCUUCUGGCUUCAAUUGUUGGAUCUCUUGGGCUUUUUGUUCCUGUUAUUUAUGAAUGGGCCAAUAUAAUAGUACCAGUUCACAUUGGAAAUACAAAUAAGUGAAAUGUCCUAAGGGGUUGUGGAAUGAGUUUAGUUAGCGAAUACACUCUUAUGGCAGCUUUUCAAAUAUGGCAAUGUAGAACUGUUUUAAAUUCAAUGCAAGCUGUAGCUGAUUAGCUGUCGGUAAUAUUGAUUUAUCUAAGUAGACUGAGUGUCCAUUAGAACCAUUUCCUUGCAUGGCCAAAGUAAUAAUGCAAAACAGCAACAAAGCAGUAUCCAAACUCUCCUAGAGGAAAUCUAAUGUUUGUAUGUGGGCAAAUAAUACUAACUUGUAAUCACCAAUGAAUUCAUCCUUGGAGUCUGGGAAAAUUCUAUUUGUAUUUGAAGAUAGAUUUAAAUGUUUUUCAGGAUUUUACAAAGGUAUGUACUUUUUUGGUUUUAUUUUUUGAGACAGUAUUCUGUUAAGUUGCCCAGGCUGGCCCCAAACACAUGGGCUCGAAUGAUCCUCCUGCUUCAGCCUCCUGAGUAGCUGGAACUGUAGGCAUAUGCCACCAUGGCCUGUUAAGGUAAAAUGCUGUCCUGUAUUCACUGAGUAACAGGUAAUUUUUACUAUAUGCUGCUAUGUUGAGUAGGCUGGGUACUCAGUAAAUAAAUACUUAAUGUGAUCUGACAUUUCUACAAACAUCUUAAAUAAAUGAACAUCGGGGGCUAGAAACUGCAA